UAAAUAUUUUUUAAAAAUUCAGUUAAACGAUGAUAGAUGUUUUACGUGUUGGAGUAAUAUAAAAUAAUGAAGGAAACUCGGUUGUCAUUCUCCUCUGUUUGUUUGGGCCUUGUCAGUCAGCAACUGGCUUACAUCAAGGAGCUAAGUAGCUGCUAGCAGUGGCGAGUUUUUUUAGCUAGCCAGACUCUGAUACCGUUUGUUUAUGUUAGCUGCGCGACGGCUUCAUUUUCUGAAUUAGUGUUUCGAGUCAACAUACGCGGUUUGCACUUUGUGUCCGUUCGUAUUUACUAUUGUUCGUUACUAAAAAUAAAUAUGAGACUUGCUAUUGCAAUAUUAAGAUAGACAGGUAGCUCGCGUUUAUUCUGUUUAGCUCUAUUACGGUAACGGCUAGGUGGACAUUUUCUGUAUUCGGCUUAUGAGCAGCGAGUUACAUCAAAGCUAGACUUAUCAGUGAUUUUAUGUUUUUCUAGUAAGAAAGCACUAGUAUCUGCAUGCAGACAGUCGUUCAAACAAAACCAUCGAUUAACAGUCACAUUGGUCCUCUGAUGAUUAAAUUAUACUUUGUUUGGUUGAGAUACUAGGGGCGACUAACGUUGGUAAACACCAGGCCGCAGUGUACUCUGUGUGCCUGCGUUUAACAUUGAUAAGGCCUUGCUAGUUGUUAGCAGUAUUAGACCAGGCCAAACUUUUAAACGGGACAGUAGUACUUGUUAGGUUUGCUUUGUCUUUGCUUGAUUAAGGUCUUUAAAACGUAUCGCCUCGUAUGAGGCUUUGUCGUUCAAGAGGCAGCUGUGACAAUCAUGGGACUUUGAAUAUGAUUCUAGGUGUUAUUGUGCGAGCGUGUAUGUGUGAGUGAGGGUUCCAGUCUGAACCAUGGAACAGUGUGCAUGUGUUGAGAGGGAACUGGAGAAAGUUCUCCAUCGCUUUGUAAUGUACGGUCACCAGUCUGAAGAGAGGCUAGACGAGCUCCUGCGCAGUGUCUGUGAGAUACGAGGACAGCUAGUUGCUUUUGGAGUACAAGAUGCAGAUUUAUCAGUCCUAUCUCAGACUAUGGCACAGUGCUGUAAGAAUAUCAAAGAAACAGUACAGAUGCUAGCCUCCCGACAUAAGGACAUCCAUGGCAGUGUGUCAAAAGUGGGCAAAGCCAUUGACAGGAAUUUUGAUGCAGAGAUCAGCGCUGUGGUGGCAGAGACAGUGUGGGACACCCCAGAGAGACAGAAAUAUCUGAGUGAGACAAUUGUGGAGCACCUGUACAGACAAGGGAUGCUCAGUGUAGCAGAGGAUCUUUGUCAGGAGUCUGGUGUAGUUAUAGAUAUGAGUAUGAAGCAGCCUUUCCUGGAGUUGAACAGAAUCCUUGAAGCUCUGAGGAUGCAAGACCUCAGGCCAGCACUAGAAUGGGCUGUAACGAAUCGGCAACGCCUUUUGGACCUGAACAGCAGUCUAGAAUUCAAGUUGCACCGCUUGUACUUCAUCAGCCUGCUCAGUGGGGGGAUCAGCAACCAAAUGGAGGCCCUGCAGUACGCCAGGCACUUCCAGCCCUUUGCCUCUCAGCACCAGAGAGAUAUUCAGAUCCUUAUGGGCAGUCUGGUAUACCUGCGUCAUGGCAUUGAGAACUCUCCGUACCGCAGUCUGCUGGAGACAAAUCAGUGGGCCGAGAUCUGUAAUAUCUUCACCAGGGAUGCCUGCGCUUUGCUGGGCCUCUCUGUAGAGUCUCCCCUCAGUGUUAGUUUUGCAUCAGGCUGCAUGGCUUUGCCAGUGCUGAUGAACAUCAAGCAAGUGAUAGAGCAGAGACAGUGCAGUGGAGUUUGGACGCACAAAGAUGAGCUGCCUAUUGAAAUCGACCUGGGGAAGAAGUGCUGGUACCACUCUGUGUUUGCCUGCCCGAUCCUCAGGCAGCAGACCUCAGAAAGCAACCCCCCCAUGAAGCUCAUCUGUGGCCACGUCAUCUCCAGAGAUGCCCUCAACAAACUGACUAAUGCUGGGAAGUUGAAAUGUCCGUACUGCCCCAUGGAGCAGAAUCCCUCACAUGCCAAGCAGAUCUACUUUUGAUACCACACACUCUCAUCAUGAGUCAGGAUGAUGUUCCCUGGAGCUCUUUGCAUUUCCUGGACCAUUUGCUCUGGCCCUUGUUCCUCUGUCCUUGGCCUCUUGGCCUGUUAUUGUAAGCAUUAAGGUUUUAUCCCAGAGCUCUUCUGGACAGCCUUGGCCAUCCUGUAACCCACUUUGGACCCUCCAACUUUGCAUAGUAUAGUCCAGCAGGGAUGGUUACCUACAACCUGUAGUAGAGUGCAAAGUCUGUCAGUAAUGAGACCAUCGUCAUGAAGAAGCACCUCUGAAUAAGGAUCAUCCAUUGAAACUCAUUUGCAAAUGCCUGCAGAAUUAUAGGCUUAUCUUUUUAAAGUAUGUAAUACUUUAUAGUGUUUGUUUCUUGGCUUUAUCAGCCUUUCGAGUUGGAUGACUGCUUCUUUUUUUCUUUUUUUGUGAUGGAAGCAGUUGAAUGAUUAUGAAUGGGUGAGUAUGGGUAAAUGGUAUGGAUUGGCAGUUUCUGAUUUCAGGAUGGUGAUAAGCUUCUGUUAUACAUGCGAAAACCACAGAGUUAUGAACUGUGUUGGAGGUUUGUUAUUUUCUGGUGAAGGGAACUGAGGAGGUCCGUCUUGAACUGAACUCUUGUGACCCCCAUUACUCCUCCCCGAUGUAAUAAAGGUCUCACGUAGAUUUAAAGUCAUUCUUGGCUGAUGUAUCCGUUUGAUCGGUAGAACAAAUAACUCACCAAUGGUGGAACAGCUUUGUGACUGACUGCACCAGCAAGAUUUUCCUCAUUGUUGAAGCCAUUUGUCUUGUUCUAUGUAUGUAUUUAACAAUGACAAAAAGGUAACAAAAAUAUAUACUACUGUGAAAUGUG